UUAAUAAUAUUAAUAAAUUGUUAUAUAUACUGUAUAAAAAUAAUAUAGAAAUUAGCAAUCAAACUAUACUAGAUUUUCCGCCUGAAUGCUGAUUGGCUCUCAGUUCGGAUCUCGAUCCUGAUUUGUUAGAGAACGCAGCCAAUAGUUAAUCGUAAACUUCCGGUGGUUUAUUGCCGUACUCCGAAAAAUUUGUUCGACAUCUUCAUAAGCAUUUUGUACGACCACGGUCUAUAAGACCGUGUGUACGACAAAAUAAAAUUUUUUGAAGCCAAUUAUCAAAGAAUUCCUUCAAAAUCCAGAGGCAAGCAAUCAAUUAUUUCAGUGAUAAAAAAAGUUCGGUUGCAAUCGCGUUGUAUCGACGCGCGUGAAUUUCGUCGCGGUGAACAUAACCUCUAUAACCUCAGUUACGUUUUGUGCGGGUGAAAUCGCAGUUAUUUAUCGGGUCGGCUCGCGGUAGAAUGGCGGUCGGCUCGACAAAAGUCGUCCAAGUGACGAAUAUAGCGCCGCAGGCUACCAAGGACCAGAUGCAGACGCUGUUCGGGUACCUGGGCAAAAUUGAAGACAUCAGGUUGUAUCCAACGAUCAGAGACGUCGCUGUACCGGUGCAGUCACGCAUAUGCUACAUCAAGUUUCACGACCAAGGUUGCGUUGCGGUGGCACAGCACAUGACCAACACUGUUUUCAUCGACCGCGCAUUGAUCGUGAUCCCUUAUCAGAACGGUGACAUUCCGGACGAGCAGCGUGCUCUGGAGCUCACUAACAAUGGCACGGUUGUGCCAGGUCUCUAUCCAUCGGAACCGAAACUGCCACCAAAUGUGGUGAAUGCCAUUGAAGGCAUCCCACCGAAUCAUGUCAUCACCACAAUGGAUCCUAAACUAGAAGCCAACGGCUUGCCGUCCUAUCCGCAUCUGCCGGGCCAUCUGGACAGCAGACGAAUCGAGGAGAUCCGGCGGACACUCGUGAUAGCGAACUUGGACGUAUCAGUGAGCCCUGAGCAGCUGAUGGACUUCUUCAGCAACAACAACGUGGAGAUCAAGUACCUGCGUACAUGCAGCAGGGACUCGGAUGGCGAGCACUAUGCACUGGUAGAGCUGUCGGAACAGGCCUUGGUAAUUGCGGCGCUGUUGCUGAACGGCAAGUCACUGGCGGAGAGAGCGAUCAAGAUCUACCACUCGACACAGGCGAUUGCCAAGCCAGAAGCGAAGAGCAACGAGGCCGCGCAGAAGGAGAUCGAGGAGGCAAUGUCGCGGGUAAAGGAAGCGCAUAAUCUCAUCUCGGCAGCGAUCGACCCUAUGAUCGGUAUGUUGUCGAAGGAUAAGCGCAGUAGAAGCGGCUCACGCAGCCGCAAGUCACGUUCCCGUUCACGCGGCCGCUCGAGGCGCUCGAGGUCGCGCAAACGCUCGCGCUCGCGCCACCGUCGCUCACGCUCCCGUCACCGGCGCCGAUCGCGUUCGCGCUCCAAGAGCUCGAGAUCAAAGGAUCGCCGACGCAACUCGCCAUCACGACGACGCAGCAACUCGCGUAGCCGUCAUCGUUCGCGCAGCAGAUCGCGCCGAUCAAGAUCACGCCGAUCACCCUCCAGAUCGAAAGAACGUAAGAAGCGAUCUCCACGCCGCCGCAGCCGUUCACACUCGCGCAGCAAGCGCUCGAAAUCCAGAUCCAGACGGUCUCGCUCGAAAUCGAAAUCCAAAUCGUCCAAGAGCAAGUAUUCGGACAAGUCCAAGGACAAGGAUCGGGAGGGACGCAGCAAGGAUAAGUCCGACAACGGCAAGAGGAGCGACAGUGACCGGGAGAGGCCCGAGAAGGAGAGCAAAAGUGAGAAGAAGUCGAGCAAGGAGAGCAAGAGAUCCAGCGACAAGUCCGAGUCGAAACAGUCCGAGGACAAGGGCAGAUCCGCAUCGGAGAGUAACGACAGCAAAGAGAAGACGACGGAAUCGGAAGCUUAGGCGAAUACUCUACUACUUGACAUUGUCGUCCCGUUUGCGUUUCCAUCAUUUCGUUUAUUUCGAAAAACUCAUCAUUUAUCCUCGUUAUGUAUUUAUACGCUAACAGAAAUACAUGGAUACAUGGCA